ACGCACAACGUGCGGUGUCGUUCGAUAGUCUGUGCGCCAUUCAGCACAAGUAGCUACCCGUGUAAAGCGGGUGAAGUUUUUUGGUUUAUUUGUUUAAGGGAUGUUAUUUUGAUUGCAGAGAGCUAUUGAAUAAAGAUCAGUUGCCGUGGAGCUGUAGAGGUUGCCAUGGCAGCUGCGUUUCCAUACAGAGGAGUACCCGGCAGCAUGCCGACGGGCAUCCCGACUCCGGGGCAGAUUCCCGACUACAUGUCGGAGGAGAAGCUGCAGGAGAAAGCACGAAAAUGGCAGCAGCUGCAGGCCAAGCGCUACUCGGAGAAGCGCAAGUUCGGCUUCGUGGACGCGCAGAAGGAGGACAUGCCGCCGGAGCACGUCCGCAAAAUCAUCAGGGACCACGGCGACAUGACGAACAGGAAGUUCCGCCACGACAAGAGGGUCUAUCUCGGUGCUCUGAAGUACAUGCCCCAUGCGGUGCUGAAGCUGCUGGAGAACAUGCCCAUGCCCUGGGAGCAGAUCAGGGACGUGCCCGUGCUCUACCACAUCACCGGCGCCAUCUCCUUCGUCAACGAGAUCCCCUGGGUGAUCGAGCCCGUCUACAUCGCCCAGUGGGGGGCCAUGUGGAUCAUGAUGCGGCGCGAGAAGAGGGACCGGCGGCACUUCAAGCGCAUGCGCUUCCCGCCGUUCGACGACGAGGAGCCGCCGCUGGACUACGCCGACAACAUCCUGGACGUGGAGCCGCUGGAGGCCAUCCAGAUGGAGCUGGACCCCGAGGAGGACGGCUCGGUGGUGGACUGGAUGUACGAGCACCAGCCGCUCCGCGACAACACCAAGUAUGUGAACGGCACCACCUACAGGCGCUGGCAGUUCACUCUGCCCAUGAUGUCCACGCUCUACCGCCUGGCCAACCAGCUGCUCACCGACCUGGUCGACUACAAUUACUUCUACCUGUUCGACCUGAAGGCCUUCUUCACCUCCAAGGCCCUGAACAUGGCCAUCCCUGGAGGGCCCAAGUUCGAACCCUUGGUCAGAGACAUCAACCUGCAGGAUGAAGACUGGAAUGAGUUCAAUGACAUCAACAAGAUCAUCAUCAGGCAGCCAAUCAGGACGGAGUACAAAAUUGCCUUCCCGUACCUGUACAACAACCUUCCGCACCACGUCCACCUCACCUGGUACCACACCCCUAAUGUGGUCUUCAUUAAGACGGAGGAUCCAGAUCUCCCCGCGUUUUACUUUGACCCCCUGAUCAACCCCAUCUCUCACCGGCACUCUGUCAAGAGCCAGGAGCCCCUGCCAGACGACGAUGAGGAGUUUGAGCUGCCGGAGUACGUGGAGCCCUUCCUGAAGGACACGCCCCUCUACACCGACAACACGGCCAAUGGGAUCGCUCUGCUCUGGGCGCCCCGCCCCUUCAACCUGCGAUCGGGGAGAACCCGUCGGGCCAUUGACAUCCCGCUCAUCAAGAACUGGUACCGCGAGCACUGCCCUGCAGGCCAGCCGGUGAAGGUGCGCGUCUCCUAUCAGAAGCUGCUCAAGUACUACGUGCUCAACGCCCUCAAACACAGACCCCCCAAAGCCCAGAAGAAGCGGUACCUCUUCCGCUCCUUCAAGGCCACCAAGUUCUUCCAGUCGACGAAGCUGGACUGGGUGGAGGUGGGGCUGCAGGUGUGCAGGCAGGGCUACAACAUGCUCAACCUGCUCAUCCACAGGAAGAACCUCAACUACCUGCACCUGGACUACAACUUCAACCUCAAGCCCGUCAAGACCCUCACCACCAAGGAACGUAAGAAGUCUCGUUUCGGGAACGCGUUCCAUCUCUGCCGCGAGGUGCUUCGCCUCAGCAAGCUGGUGGUGGACAGCCACGUGCAGUACAGGCUGGGGAACGUCGACGCCUUCCAGCUGUCCGACGGGCUGCAGUACAUCUUUGCGCACGUGGGUCAGCUGACCGGGAUGUACCGCUACAAGUACAAGCUGAUGAGACAGAUCCGCAUGUGCAAGGACCUGAAACACCUCAUCUACUACCGCUUCAACACGGGGCCAGUGGGGAAGGGCCCCGGGUGCGGCUUCUGGGCCCCCGGGUGGCGGGUGUGGCUGUUCUUCAUGAGGGGCAUCACCCCACUGCUGGAGCGCUGGCUGGGGAACCUGCUGGCCAGGCAGUUCGAAGGUCGACACUCGAAGGGCGUGGCCAAGACGGUCACCAAGCAGCGGGUGGAGUCGCACUUCGACCUGGAGCUGCGCGCGGCCGUCAUGCACGACAUCCUGGACAUGAUGCCCGAGGGCAUCAAGCAGAACAAGGCCCGCACCAUCCUGCAGCACCUCAGCGAGUCCUGGAGGUGCUGGAAGGCCAACAUCCCCUGGAAGGUUCCUGGGCUUCCCACGCCCAUCGAGAACAUGAUCCUCCGCUACGUGAAGGCCAAAGCCGAUUGGUGGACGAACACGGCCCACUAUAACCGCGAGCGAAUCAGGCGCGGCGCCACCGUGGACAAGACGGUCUGCAAGAAGAACCUGGGCCGCCUGACCCGCCUCUACCUGAAGGCCGAGCAGGAGAGGCAGCACAACUACCUGAAGGACGGCCCCUACAUCACGGCGGAGGAGGCGGUGGCCAUCUACACCACCACGGUGCACUGGCUGGAGAGCCGGCGCUUCUCCCCCAUCCCCUUCCCCCCGCUGUCCUACAAGCACGACACCAAGCUGCUCAUCCUGGCCCUGGAGCGCCUCAAAGAGGCCUACAGUGUGAAGUCCAGGCUGAACCAAUCGCAGCGCGAGGAGCUGGGUCUGAUCGAGCAGGCCUACGACAACCCCCACGAGGCGCUGUCCAGGAUCAAGCGUCACCUGCUGACCCAGCGCGCCUUCAAAGAGGUGGGCAUCGAGUUCAUGGACCUGUACAGCCACCUGGUGCCCGUGUACGACGUGGAGCCGCUGGAGAAGAUCACGGACGCCUACCUGGACCAGUACCUGUGGUACGAGGCCGACAAGCGCAGGCUGUUCCCCCCCUGGAUCAAGCCGGCCGACACCGAGCCCCCUCCCCUGCUGGUGUACAAGUGGUGUCAAGGGAUCAACAACCUGCAGGACGUCUGGGAGACGACGGAGGGCGAGUGCAACGUCAUGCUGGAGUCGCGCUACGAGAAGAUGUACGAGAAGAUCGACCUGACGCUGCUCAACAGGCUGCUCCGCCUCAUCGUGGACCACAACAUCGCCGACUACAUGACCGCCAAGAACAACGUGGUCAUCAACUACAAGGACAUGAACCACACCAACUCGUACGGGAUAAUCCGGGGGCUGCAGUUCGCCUCCUUCAUCGUGCAGUACUACGGGCUGGUGAUGGACCUGCUGGUCCUGGGGCUGCACCGCGCCAGCGAGAUGGCGGGACCGCCCCAGAUGCCCAACGACUUCCUCAGCUUCCAGGACAUCGCCACGGAGGGCGCCCACCCCAUCCGGCUGUACUGCCGCUACAUCGACCGCAUCCACAUCUUCUUCAGGUUUACAGCCGACGAGGCCCGAGACCUGAUCCAGAGGUACCUGACUGAGCACCCGGACCCCAACAACGAGAACAUCGUGGGCUACAACAACAAAAAGUGCUGGCCCAGAGAUGCCAGGAUGAGGCUGAUGAAGCACGAUGUUAACCUCGGCCGCGCCGUCUUCUGGGACAUCAAGAACCGUCUGCCCCGCUCGGUGACCACGGUGCAGUGGGAGAACAGCUUCGUCUCCGUCUACAGCAAGGACAACCCCAACCUGCUCUUCAACAUGUGCGGCUUCGAGUGCCGCAUCCUGCCCAAGUGCCGCACCAGCUACGAGGAGUUCACGCACAAGGACGGCGUGUGGAACCUGCAGAACGAGGUGACGAAGGAGCGCACGGCGCAGUGCUUCCUCCGGGUGGACGACGAGUCCAUGCAGAGGUUCCACAACCGCGUCCGACAGAUCCUCAUGGCCUCCGGCUCCACCACCUUCACCAAGAUCGUGAAUAAGUGGAACACGGCCCUCAUCGGCCUGAUGACGUACUUCCGCGAGGCGGUGGUGAACACGCAGGAGCUGCUGGACCUGCUGGUCAAGUGCGAGAACAAGAUCCAGACGCGCAUCAAGAUCGGCCUCAACUCCAAGAUGCCCAGCCGCUUCCCCCCCGUGGUGUUCUACACCCCCAAGGAGCUGGGCGGGCUGGGCAUGCUGUCCAUGGGGCACGUCCUCAUCCCCCAGUCCGACCUGAGGUGGUCGAAGCAGACGGACGUGGGAAUCACGCACUUCCGCUCGGGCAUGAGCCACGAGGAGGACCAGCUGAUCCCCAACCUGUACCGCUACAUCCAGCCCUGGGAGAGCGAGUUCAUCGACUCGCAGAGGGUCUGGGCCGAGUACGCCCUCAAGAGGCAGGAGGCCAUCGCCCAGAACCGGCGUUUGACCCUGGAAGACUUGGAGGACUCCUGGGACAGGGGCAUCCCUCGAAUCAACACCCUCUUCCAGAAGGACCGGCACACCCUGGCCUACGACAAGGGCUGGAGGGUCAGGACCGACUUCAAGCAGUAUCAGGUUCUGAAGCAGAACCCGUUCUGGUGGACGCACCAGAGGCAUGAUGGGAAACUGUGGAACCUGAAUAACUACCGCACGGACAUGAUCCAGGCGCUGGGCGGCGUGGAGGGCAUCCUGGAGCACACGCUCUUCAAGGGGACCUACUUCCCCACCUGGGAGGGUCUCUUCUGGGAGAAGGCCAGUGGCUUCGAGGAGUCCAUGAAGUGGAAGAAACUGACCAACGCUCAGAGGUCCGGUCUGAACCAGAUCCCCAAUCGACGAUUCACCCUCUGGUGGUCCCCCACCAUCAACCGAGCAAACGUGUACGUGGGCUUCCAGGUGCAGCUGGAUCUGACCGGGAUCUUCAUGCACGGAAAGAUCCCCACCCUCAAGAUCUCCCUCAUCCAGAUCUUCAGAGCCCACUUGUGGCAGAAGAUCCAUGAGAGCAUAGUCAUGGACCUGUGUCAGGUGUUUGAUCAGGAGCUGGACGCUCUGGAGAUAGAGACGGUGCAGAAGGAGACCAUCCACCCCAGGAAGUCCUACAAGAUGAACUCGUCCUGUGCGGACAUCUUGCUCUUCGCUUCCUACAAGUGGAACGUGUCUCGCCCCUCCCUGUUGGCUGAUUCCAAGGACGUGAUGGACAGCACCACCACCCAGAAGUACUGGAUCGACAUCCAGCUGCGAUGGGGAGACUACGACUCGCACGAUAUCGAGCGCUACGCCCGCGCUAAGUUCCUGGACUACACCACCGACAACAUGAGCAUCUACCCGUCACCCACUGGGGUCCUGAUUGCCAUCGAUCUGGCCUACAACCUGCACAGUGGCUACGGUAACUGGUUCCCCGGCGGCAAGCCGCUGAUCCAGCAGGCCAUGGCGAAGAUCAUGAAGGCCAACCCGGCGCUGUACGUGCUGCGGGAGCGCAUCCGCAAGGGCCUGCAGCUGUACUCCUCCGAGCCCACCGAGCCCUACCUGUCCUCGCAGAACUACGGCGAGCUCUUCUCCAACCAGAUCAUCUGGUUCGUCGACGACACCAACGUGUACCGGGUCACCAUCCACAAAACGUUCGAGGGUAACCUGACCACCAAGCCCAUCAACGGGGCCAUUUUCAUCUUCAACCCCCGAACCGGGCAGCUCUUCCUCAAGAUCAUCCACACCUCUGUGUGGGCGGGGCAGAAACGUCUGGGACAGUUGGCCAAGUGGAAGACGGCCGAGGAGGUGGCAGCCCUGAUUCGCUCGCUGCCCGUGGAGGAGCAGCCCAAACAGAUCAUCGUCACCCGGAAGGGCAUGCUGGACCCGCUGGAGGUCCACUUGCUGGAUUUCCCCAACAUCGUCAUCAAGGGCUCGGAGCUGCAGCUGCCCUUCCAGGCGUGUCUGAAGGUGGAGAAGUUCGGGGACCUCAUUCUGAAGGCCACCGAGCCGCAGAUGGUCCUCUUCAACCUGUACGACGACUGGCUCAAGACCAUCUCGUCCUACACGGCCUUCUCCCGUCUCAUCCUGAUCCUCAGGGCGCUCCACGUGAACAACGACCGCGCCAAAGUCAUCCUGAAGCCGGACAAGACCACCAUCACGGAGCCGCACCACAUCUGGCCCACGCUGACCGACGAGGAGUGGAUCAAGGUGGAGGUGCAGCUCAAGGACCUCAUCCUGGCCGACUACGGCAAGAAGAACAACGUGAACGUGGCGUCUCUGACGCAGUCGGAGAUCCGUGACAUCAUCCUGGGCAUGGAGAUCUCCGCCCCCUCGCAGCAGAGGCAGCAGAUCGCCGAGAUCGAGAAGCAGACCAAGGAGCAGUCGCAGCUGACCGCCACGCAGACGCGCACCGUCAACAAGCACGGCGACGAGAUCAUCACCUCCACCACCAGCAACUACGAGACCCAGACCUUCUCCUCCAAGACCGAGUGGAGAGUCAGGGCCAUCUCUGCGGCCAACCUCCACCUCCGCACCAACCACAUCUACGUCUCCUCGGACGACAUCAAGGAGACGGGCUACACCUACAUCCUUCCCAAGAACGUCUUGAAGAAGUUCAUCUGCAUCUCUGACCUGCGCGCACAGAUUGCGGGAUACCUGUACGGGACAAGCCCCCCCGAUAACCCCCAGGUGAAGGAGAUCCGCUGCAUCGUCAUGGUGCCCCAGUGGGGGACGCACCAGACCGUGCACCUGCCCAAUCAGCUGCCCCAGCACGAGUACCUGAAGGAAAUGGAGCCGCUGGGGUGGAUCCACACGCAGCCCAACGAGUCGCCUCAGCUCUCCCCGCAGGACGUCACCACGCAUGCCAAGGUCAUGGCCGACAACCCGUCGUGGGACGGAGAGAAGACCAUCAUCAUCACCUGCAGCUUCACCCCUGGCUCCUGCACCCUGACCGCCUACAAGCUGACCCCCAGCGGGUACGAGUGGGGCAGGCAGAACACGGACAAGGGCAACAACCCCAAGGGCUACCUGCCGUCGCACUACGAGCGCGUGCAGAUGCUUCUGUCCGACCGCUUCCUGGGCUUCUUCAUGGUGCCUGGGCAGGUGUCCUGGAACUACAACUUCAUGGGUGUCCGGCACGAUCCAAACAUGAAGUACGACUUGCAGCUGUCCAACCCGAAGGAGUUCUACCACGAGGUCCACCGACCCUCGCACUUCCUCAACUUCGCAUCCCUGCAGGAGGGCGAGAUCUACAACGCAGACCGCGAGGACAUGUACGCCUAGAGCGCGUGCCGUCUGCCUUCCGGCACACCGAAACCGCGGGACCCGAUCCUGACUGCCCAGCCGGAACCUGCACCUCGAUCAUGCAGCGGUCCCUGUCGUAACGGGAGACGUUUAAACCUUCGUGUGUUGGAAAUAGUUCCCUACAAAACGCGUCUUUACUGUCCAGUUGCUCUUUCCCUUCAUAGAAGGAUUAAGCAUGAGAUAUCAGUGAUAUUUCCGUGAUAUGUCGUUCAACAUGGUUGUACUUACUAUAUGUGUAUGAGUUGUAUUUCUUCAGCAGUUUUGACAUGGAUUUUGACAAGAUUUUCAUUUUUUAGAGAAAAAGGGUCCUUCCGUCAGAAAAUGCCAUUUGGAGUGAUUUUACUUGUAAUUGUUUUUUCUUUUUUUUGCUAAUUUUUUUACAGAAGUAGGUGUCUGCCCACUAGCUGUGUUGUGCAUAAAUUCACACUGUAAUUUGGGUUUAAAUAAAGAUCGGAACACUUUUAUAAGGUU